AUGGAAGCUUUUAGAAGAUGUCUUAAUAGGUGUCAUCUCCAUGAAACACCAUUUGAGGGUGAUCUAUUCACUUGGUCUAAAUGCCGAAACGCCUUGCACACAAUAAAAGAACGUCUUGAUUGGUGUUUUGUUAACAAUCAUUUGGAGAAUUAUUUCAAUACACCGCAAGUCCAUCAUCUUGAUUACUAUCAAUCAGACCAUCGAGCUAUUAUCACUGCCUUCAAUCUUCUCUCUGCCCAAACCAACAAAGCUAAACGCAGAAGUCAUUUUCGAUUUGAAAAAAUGUGGCUGUCAGACCAUAAAUGCAUAGAUAUUAUUGCUGAUCAUUGGUUGAACUCAACCACUUCAGACCUGAUUACAGUUGUUUCCAACAAUCUGAAAUCCUAUGCUGAAAAUUUACAAAGUUUGCAUGAAAGAAAGUAUGGGAGAAUGAAGAAGGACAUCAAAGAAUGCCAAAAAAAGGUGGAAACACUCAACAACUCCUACAUUAAUUCCAACAGCCACCUUGAUGAACUUAAAAAAGCUGAAACCAUUCUUGAUGAGCUUCUAGAACAAGAAGAAACCUAUUGGCAGCAGCGCUCCCGAGUGGAUUGGUUAGCUUGUGGAGACAGAAAUACAAAGUUCUUCCAUGCCAAAGCGAAUGCUCGAAAAUUCAACAACCGAAUUAAUUUUAUUAUUGAUGAUAUGGGUCUCAAAGUGAAAUCUAAUGCUGAAAUUUCUUUGGUUAUUCAAGAUUAUUAUGCUGAACUUUUGAGCUGGUGA